AUGGAGCUUUUGGACCAAGACCCUCUGCUUCCGAAAAAGUCCACAGACUUGGAGUUGGGAUCUACAGAAGAAUCUGUACGUUAUGGGUCUGUCUCUUCGAUCCGAACUGCAGAACUGGCGGAGCUGAAUCUUGGUUUCGACCAUCACGAAGUCCCUCAGGGUCGCCAUCUAGGUAUUUUCUCCACUAUCGUGCUUUUCGUAUCGAGAAUCGUCGGCUCUGGCAUUUUCGCUACCCCCAGUAGCAUCUUUGUAGGAUGUGGUGGGAGUUCCGUCCUGUUUUUUGGCGUAUGGUGUUUCGCAGCACUAAUGGCUUUUGCAGGGUUGUACUUAUUUCUGGAGUUUGGAUCUCUCAUUCCAAGAUCUGGCGGACGGAAAAAUUUCCUAGAGGCAGUUUACACUAAACCUGAUAAAAUGAUGAGUGUAACCUUCACCACAUUCACCGUUCUCAUGGGCAUGGCGGUGUCGAAUGCCAUAGUUUUCGGGAAAUACGUUCUUUAUGGACUGGGUUACGACGAGAAUUUCGUGAAUCAAAAUUCCAAGGCCUGCAACUACAUCGGGGCGGCAUUGGUGAUAGCUAUUGCCGGUGUUCAUGGAACUUCUGUUAAAGGCGGUGUCUACAUUCAAAACUUACUGGGCGCGCUGAAAUUGUUUUUUAGUCUAGUGAUAAGUUGCACAGGGGUUUAUGCGAUGUGCUUCUUCAGGCGUAACGACAACGAAGCUCAAAUUUUAUCCGGUUCGUGGCAAGCUGCAUUUCAAACUCAUGACCAGGUAACAGUCUCAUCAAUCACAACAGCAUUUAUUCAAGCUUUUUUCUGUUUUGCCGGGUGGGAUAACGUACAUUCGGUUGCAUCGGAGAUCAAAAACCCUGUCAGAACUCUAAAAAUAGCAGGUCCAUUGUCGUUAGGCAUCUCUUUACUAUGCUAUUUGUCCUUAAAUGUGGCUUACUUGAGAGUGUUUACUUACGACGAAUUUAAAGCGGCAGGUCCGCUAGCUGGAUCUAUUCUCUUCACUAGGUUGCUUGGCCCAAAUUUGGGUCGUAAACUUAUCACAUUUGGCAUCGCUCUAUCAGCGGGUUCGAAUUUGUUUGUGGUUGUUUACUCAGUUUCAAGAAUGAAUCAGGAAUGUUUUAGGGAAGGAUUCCUGCCAUUUAGCAGGUUCAUGGCCAGUAAUAAGCCCUGGGGGGCGCCCCUCCCUUCUUUAACUCUCUGUGCAUUUAUAACCAGUCUGUGGCUGGUCCUUCUACCUUCCUCGGGCGGUGCAUACAGCUACUUGGUUGCAAUGGAAGGUUAUGCGAAUCAAAUUAUAAUUUUGCUUGUCGCGGUUGGCUUAUUCAUUUACAGACGUAAAAAUUCUGAUAAAAAGGCGGAAAUACGAGCCUCCUCGGCUGGAGUAGUCGCGCUCAUCAUUCUUUCGACUUAUCUGUUGAUCGGACCCUUCAUUGGAAGUCAGAACGAAGCAGCCGUGCGCCAUUUGCCCCCAUAUCCCGUCACAGCAUUGUUAUUAAUCUGCUCCUGUUUGUCGUUUUGGUUUGUCAAGUUUGUUGUUCUACCCAAACUAUUGGGAUACAGUCUGAAACGUGAGGUAGACAUUUUAGAUGACGGAUUGGUAAUGAUGAGCUGGCACAAGGUAUUUUAG